CAAGAACAGCCCACAACGGUUCAAAGUAAAGUAUGAAUGUCAGUGUUGCUGGACUGUGAGAUGUCACGUUGUCCUCUUUGAAUAUGAGGUCCGAAUCAACACUGGGUCAUCAGAGAUGCUGAGCCAAAAAAUCAAGGACUUGCAAGCUCUUGAUUUAAAAACGAAAUUAAUACUUUGUUUAAUUUCCUAUCCUUUUUGUUUGUCAAUCCCAAACAUUUAAUUUAGGACUAUUUCUGCUGAAUAAACCUGCCAACAUAUUCCAGUUCACCUGUUUCAACCGUCUUAAUGGCAUUUUUAAUGAAAAAGAAGAGGUUCAAGUUUCAAAUCCAUUUUACAUUGGACGAGCUCACGGCCGUACCGUUUGUCAAUGGGGUACUUUUUUGCAAGAUCCGAUUGUUGGACGGUGGGGACUUUGCCGUGUCAUCAUCCAGGGAGGAGGUCCAACAGAACUGUGUUCGUUGGAAGAAGAAGUUCUCCUUCAUCUGUAAGAUGAGUGCCAGUCCCACCACUGGAGUCCUGGACCCCUGCAUCUGCAGGGUCUCUGUACGCAAGGAGCUCAAAGGAGGAAAGACGUUUUCAAAGCUGGGCUUUGCUGACCUCAACAUGGCGGAGUUUGCUGGCUCAGGCUCCACUGUGCGCUGCUGUAUCCUCGAGGGCUACGACACUAAGAACACUCGUCAGGACAACUCCAUUCUCAAGGUUACUAUUGGAAUUACACUUUUGUCGGGGGAUCCUUGCUUCAAAACGCCCCCCAGCACAGCCAAGUCCAUCUCGAUCCCGGGCCAGGACCCCUCCCUGCAGCUGGACUGUAAAGGCGAGGGCACCGAUGCCAACUCAAACCCUCCCCCAGGGGGCGUCAUCAGGACAUCAUCAGGACGGCCCCUCAAACCCAGGCUCCCCUCAGCUCCCCUCAACUCUGGUCUACCCGAGCAGUUGGAGCAGAGCCUGCCCAGCCCAGAUGAGGUCUUCCACAUAGGACACUCCCGGAACUCCAGCUAUGCCAGCCAGCAGAGCAAGAUAUCAGGUUACAGUACGGAGCACUCUCGCUCCUCCAGCCUAACAGACCUCACACACCGGCGUAACACCUCCACAAGCAGUAGCACUUCUGGGGGCCUGGCCACCCCCACCCAGACCCUCCACGCACAUGCACAUGCACACGCCCUCGCCAACCCCCACCCCCUUGCAGCAGACCCCCAGACAACCGGAGAGCCUGGCACCAAGUGUGAGAGACCCCCGCGGCCACCGCGGCCCAUCCUGCUCUCCAACAGACCCUCCAGGAGGAAGAAGGACACGGUUGAGAGUCAACCCACCUGGGUGGAUGAUACGCGCAUCGACGCCGACGACAUCGUGGACAAGAUUAUCCAGAGCCAGAACUUUGGCGAUGUCAGCAGCCAUGAAGAAGACAGCAACCUCAGAUUGUUUGUCAGCAAAGAUGGGACUACAGCCCUAAGUGGGUUACAACUGGGGAACAAGGUGACUGCUGGCGUCUUUGAGCCAGUGGUGAUCGAGAGCCACUAGCGAUGAGUGUGUAUGUGUUCACACAAAUGCACAUACCCCUGUCUUUUGAGUUACACCACUUCAACAAACACCACUAAACAACAUAUGUAACCCUUUAAUGAGAUAUUUACGGUGAUGGUGGUGGGAGGUGUAAUUUAUGAAUAAUCCAUUCAUGUAGAAAAGUUUUUAUAUUCAUGCUUUCAUCUGGGGGACCAUAGGUGUAAAGUAUGCCAACUACUUGAUAGAGAGAGAAAUGGGAAACCAUUGCACCGUGGGAGUUGUAGUGAAACACUGAAAAUCAGGAAAAAGCUUGCCACACAGGUUGCGUUAGAGGCAAAUGUGGCUGCCUCAAAAAGUUGGAAUGUUAUGAUUUACCCUGUUUGUAUAAUUUUUGAACAAUGUUUGUGUAUGGUAAUGGUUGGGGAUACAUUUAGUUAUUCAAAUAACAAAUAUAAAUUCAAAUGAGGGGAGAUUACUUUAUCAAAGAAAGACUUGGUUACAAACUACUAAAUAGAGAAAUUGAACAGGCCAUUUGAACUAGGCUUGAAUGGGUGGUUUUCAAUGUGAAAUGUUCUAUAUUUGAUGACCCCUUGCAAUCCCCCGAUUUCAGAAACCGUACCAGACCUGGGGUCAAAAUUACGGUAUAGCCCAAAGAACCCAUGUUAUAGAAUAAAAUUAUAUAUACAUUAUAGAAUAUAUUAUAAAUGACAAAAUGUUUUAGAAUAUAGGCUUAUAUAUAAUAUGAUCAAAGAUCAUGUUGAAAUACGGACCUCAGAAAGAGAAACGUGUGCACAUAUGGCUGGCCAUAUGCAACUGUACAUACGGCAUGGUCAAUGAUUCAUCCAUUACUCUAGUCUAGGUAAAUGCAGGUAGGAUUGGUAAUCAAUUACUGUGGUAUAGGUAAAUGCAGGAAGGAUUGGUAAUCGAUUACUCUAGUCUAGGUAAAUGCAGGAAGGAUUGGUAAUCGAUUACUGUAGUCUAGAUAAAUGCAGGCAGGAUUGGUAAUCAAGUACUGGAGUCUAGGUAAAUGCAGGCAGGAUGGGUAAUCGAUUACUGUAGUCUAAGCCCUUGAUCCUCUCCUCUCCUGGAUCUUGUACAUAGUCUUCUUUACAUCCGUAACGUGGGACACUAUCCUCAAGCUCACCAGCUGGCUUGGUGACUAUACCGUAAGUGGAAAAGUUGGAAAAUCAGAGGGGGACAUUUCUGUCUUUGUUGUCUGUCUGUCUGUCUGUCUGUCUGUCUGUCUGUCUGUCUGUCUGUCUGUUUCAGUAGUUUUGUCCCUUGACUGUCGCUCAUUUGUCCUGUAUGUCAGACCCAAUUAUUUUGUGUUACCAUGCCCAUGACAUCCCUCCAUGUUGUCAAGGACUGGAGUUGUCAAAGAAUUAAGUUACUAGGUUUCUGGGAGAAAAAAAAUAAUCUUUUGAUCUGCAAGAAAGCCCUUUUGUAUUUGUGUUCUCAACAAAUCAAUGCUUACAGUGAGACUCAAAAGGAAACUCGACUGCAUAUUAUUUCAAAUAUGCUUUCUCAAUGCAAGCCAGGUCACUGAUUUUGAUUGAGUGGGGGCCCUUAAAUUGUUUGGUUACUGAAGUGGGUUACUAAAGAUGGCUGGCUAACUUAGUAAUCCUUCUUUGUGAAAUACCUUCUAUGUGGGCUUGGCUAGAACUGUCCAACUGUUGCCCUUCCACUAAGCCUCAAUAUCACCAGUCGUUAUCAAGCGUAAUGAACUGACAAUUGAAUAAGGGCUCUAAUGAUAAAACUGACAGUGGUAUCUGGUCAUCUUCAUUUAAUUGAACAAGCUAUUCUAUUUGCAGGGGAGAAAUGUAAUUUUAUUUCUGUCGCCCCCGGAUUUUGAUCCCGUUAGAAGAACAUUGCAUUGUGGGUAUGGUGUAGUCAGAGCCAACAAUGGAGGAUUUUGAGUAGAAACUCCCCUCUCAUCCCCAUAUGACAAUGGCCUCUUGUAUGUGUGUUUGUGCCUGCGCAUAUCUUUUUUAGGGAGGGAGUGGAAAAGAGGAAAUGUCCAUGUGUGUGUGUGUGUGUGUGUGUGUGUGUACUUCUGUGCAUUGUCUGUGUGUGUGUCUAUGUGUGUGUCUAUGUGUGUGUCUGUGUGUGUGUGUGUGUCUGUGUGUGUGUCUGUGCGUGUGUGUGUGUGCGUGUGUCUGUGCGUGUGUCUGUGUGUGUGUCUGUGUGUGUGUCUGUGCGUGUUCAAGUUGAAGAGCUUGCCACUCACCUGUCUCACGGUUCUUGACCCCUGAGUAACGUUUCAGUUGAUCUGAAAGCCCUCAGCAGGAAAAUGGACCUAAUGCUCACGCCUUAGCCUGUCUUAUCGCCCUUAGUCUGUUCAUUUGAAAUGUAUUUUAAAGGAAAAGUGCAAUAUAGGCUUUCAUCUACACACCUGUAGCUUCAACAUAGCUUCCUAACAAGGAUGUUGUUUUUUACAACAGACAUAAGGUGUCCCAAAUGGCACCUUAUUCCCUACAUAGUGAACUACUUUUGAACAUAGCCCUGUAUAGAGAAUACAGUGAUAUUUGGGACACAGACAUUCACAGCAUACUGAGAGUUGACAUUCAGAGGCGCAGAGAAAAAUGUCUCCUGACUGGCCCUUUAAAAAUACAAUUGGGCUGUGUGUGCUGUUGCAAUGUGCUUUUUUGUGUGUAUUUCACUCUCCACUUUGCAUCAUUGUCAUUGUAGAUGCUGUGUGCAUACUGUACGUGAAAAAAAAGAAACAAUGAAUGCAUAAACUUUAACUUCACUGACGUGCAUACACAUGCAUGGGGAAAUGUUGACAGGUUUUCUUAGCAUUAUGUGUAUGUGUCAAGCUGAUAAGGACCAUUCAACUCUAUUUCAUCAACUUUGAUUAUACAAGCCCUCUGUAACACAGUGAAUCUGUAUUUUAGCGUGAGCUUCUUUUACAACGAAACCAAUUGAUUUCUUUCAUUACACUGUUACACUGUCUAUCUCGUAGUAGUGUAGUCCCAAGCAUUUUAUUCAUGGUAAUGGUUAUAAUGGCAAACACUUGAUUCAUAUUUGACUUGUUUGAACUUUUACCAGCUGGCUGGUUUAUUUGUUCUAUGCAGCAGAGAUGUAUUGGUAAACCUGUACCUGUGCUCUACUUUGAAACAUUGAAAAAUCAAGUAUACAAAAAAAAAAUUAUACACUAAAGAGUUGUAAUAAUUGGUUAUUUCUGAUUCCCCUGCUACUGUUUUUAUUUUUUACAAGAGGGCUCAUUGUAUAUUUCUUAAAUUGUUUGGGUUCUGUUUUCGUACAUUCUUGACUAUUUGUAACCUGUGAUUUUUCUAACAAACGAUUUGAACCAAUAUGUUAACAUGAGGUUCUGCUGUCAUGAAUGGAGCGCUAAGGAUUUUCUGCUGCAUAUUUGAAAUAUGAAUUAAUCAACACAUCACUAUGGAGGGUGAGGUUUCUUUGAUGCAACACAUCAUCAGAUAUUUGUCAUCGCUUUUCAGCCACUAUAUCACCUACAUUUUGUGGGUUGAAGAACUUGGUAGGUAAGAGGAUGGCAGUCAAGACAGAUUGCUCUCUGAAAGACCGAGUACUGUAAAUCACUUUCAUUGUUCAAUCAGAUAUUUAAAAUCAAUAAUUUCUUUGAAUAUCAUCAUUUGCAAACUCACAUGGACCUUUCCUAAGGCUAAUCAGCUCAGUAGGUAGGGGAACCAGAAUUUAAUGGGGACCAGAUAUACCAUUUCUCUGUCUGAACCUUGGCUGGUAUGAUAUUCAUGAUAACAGCACUUAGGUCUGGACUACUAACUUGACAUAACAUUUGAUCUAUUUCAAUUAUUUAUCCUCUAUUUCUUUUAUUUUUGUUCAUCUUUGUAAAGGGAUUUUAAAACUAUGCACACGAGUCCAAGACUCUCCGAGAGGUCCACCCAAACUCAUGACUUUAAGAAUUAUAAUAUUAAUAAUAAGAGAUGUAUAUGAUUAAAAAAGUCAACAGUUAAUGAAUUUAUAUCAAUAGACGACUAUUGAAAUGACUAUUUUUCUGAUUUUCCAGAAUUAUUUAGACAUUUAUUGUAAACACACACACAGGUAUUGCUCCAAAGUUUUCAUCUUUUUUUUUCUCCUAAAAUGCAUUUAUUCUAUCACAUUCAACUCACAUGUGGAGGGACACUGUGACAUGAUGAAUUGGAACUAUAUCUGUACACACAUUGUAAUGUUUCCUAUUCAAGAUGGUAAAUGUCUAUUUGAACAAUUUAAAUGUCAUAUUUUGGGGAAAUAAAGCUGUUGUUGGGUAUCUAAAAAAA